ACUGUUUAAUCAUUUAAAACAAAAUUGUUCAACUGUGUAUGACACCACAUAUUUUUAAAAAAAUUGAAUUUCUUUCUUAGGUUGAAUAAAUAUGGUAUAAUUCUACCAAGGGAAAAUAACCGUUUUGAUGAGUAAAUUUAUAUCUCUCACUCUGUAAAUUGUGUUCUACAUAAAAGUAAAUUUGUUGCCGAUUUUUUAAUUUAUUCAGCAAUCGAUAAUCUGUUUUCGAUAUGGCUUUUGCUUCUGAAGCACUUAAGCUCAAAGCCCCAACCUAUUCCAUAAUCCAUAUGUGCUAUGGCGUACAUCGUCCUGAAGGAUGUUUUCUUGCAGACAAUCCGGAAAAUGGAAUUUCCCUCACGGAAAGCUCCCUGUUAUUUUAAAAGCAUAAAAUGAAAUAUUUAUUCACAAAAAUAAAUCAAAAGGACAAAGCAUGGACUCUGGAAGAUACAAAAUAAGAAAAAAGCUGAGAAUAUUUUUCAUUCUUCUAUUAGUUCUGCCAAUUAUUUUGAACUUGGACAACCUCAAAGUUCUGGUAUGUUUCACUGUGGACUUGGCGAGACAAGUUUUCUUCGGUCAAAAAUUGUUUGUCAUCGGAGUGAUGAGCGCAAGGGAGAAUUUCGAAGAGAGACAAUCAAUACGUAACACUUGGAUGAAACUAGUCAGCCCAAACGCAGGAGAAGUGAAAUUUUUAAUCGGCUCCCAUUCAUGCAAUGUGCCAAAAAAUGACAGGGUAUCGCCGUAUUCGUGCCAUCGUUGGUCUCCUCAGUUGCCAUCAAGUGUAAAUUCAAAUACAAUACUGUCUUUGACAGAACAGACAAGCUCAAGGCACAGGAUCUGUGUUGGAUUUACAUUCAUGGUUAGACACACCAUGUCACUGGAGAUGCUCGGAAUAUCCUCAUCACUUCGGAGAGUGAGAAAGGAAAGGAUGUAUCGUGUAGAGCUGCAUGACUCUCAGAGAGGUGAAAAAGUUGUAUCAGCGACUUUUAUAAUAUCUGGUUCAGACUCUCCUUCAGGUUUCACUUGGAAAAAAGUUCCAAAAAUUGUGUUCAAUGAAGGUUUUGAAGGGGAGAUCAAAAUAAUUUCUGAUGACGACUAUACAAACUUGAACUGUACUCAUAAAUUUCUAACAAAUGGGAUAGUAACCAUUUUUGAAGUUGUGGACACUAAAGGAUUUUUUUACAAAUUUGAACCACCCAAUUGUCCUAUAGCAAGUUUUCUUUACCAAAUAAUGGAUGUGGAUAAACUACAAAACCAUAUAAAUGAAACUUCAGUGAGGCAAAUUUUGUGGGAUGAAGAGGUUGGCAGGAUUGAAAAUAGUUUAAAGGAGGAAAAAAAUAAGUAUUCUGACUUGUUAAUAAUUGAUACGAUUGAUGUUUACACCAAUUUACCUAUAAAAUUAAGUAAUUUCAUGCAAUGGGCGACAACAGGAGACAAAUUCAAAUACAUUAUCAAAACAGAUGAUGAUGUGUUUUUAGAUAUUAAAAAGAUACAAUUGCAGUUCAGUCGCCUCUCUGACUGGGAUUGGUGGAGUUGUUUCAAAGUCGGUUGGCCACCACCUAACUCCGGAAAGUGGAGGGAUCGACUGACCGAUGAGAGCGUAUACCCUAAAUUCCCGUCCGGUUCUGGGUACGUUUUGAAAAAUUCCAUUGCCAAGAAGGUGUUGAACAAACCGCCGAUGAAUGUAGGAGAGGACGUAUCGAUGGGAUUCUGGAUUUUGGAACAGUCGCCGCUCGAUCUCAUUGAAUCCCAGUGUUUCUGGGCAUGUAGCAGUAAGUGUAACAAGAACCCUUGUAACAUGCCAGAGCUCAAGGUGGAUGAAAUGUAUACCGUUUGGAAAGACUACAACAAAUGCGGGGAAAUUUGCAAUUGUUCUCCUUAAUAGUUUGAACAUAGAACUUAAACUGACAGAAAAAAAUUAUACAUAAAUGUAACCAAAGUUAUAAAA